UGUUGUUGUUUUUUUUUUUAAAUUCAGGUAUAUUUUCAUUAGAGUCGAGCUCGGCAUUUCGUGUGUAAUGGCCGCCAUGUGGUCAAGAAAGUUAUCAAGGUUACAAAAAACUCAACAUUGUCUUCGCAGGUUUAAUCACAGAGGUCUGUCUACAGCAUGUGUAAAUGAACAUGAUACUGAAGAACAAAAGGCAGUUUACCCGCCCAUCAAACCUCGAAUGCCUCCUGGAAAAUGGGGUGAUAUGGAGCCGAUAGUCGCUUGGGAUUGGUAUGAUUCUAAACAAGAGUUCAUGUUGUUGCCCACAGUAGCGGAAAGGAAUCGCCUCAUGGAAACAAAGUACUGUGAAAAUAACCGUUGUUAUAAGUACUGGAAUUUUCCAUUAUUGAAUAGAAUUCCGGGGAAUUUGAAAUACCAGCAAAUAAUGACAAAAACGGUGGUUAACCGAGUUGCUAAUUUGAGAGACGAAAUUCACUGUUUGGAUAAGAUAAAUGAUGAAGAGCUCACUAAAGUAAAAAACACCCUAGAACCAAUUGUGAUAGAUAUUCUUACUGAGGAACACACGCAGCUUGAUAGAAGACACUCAAAGCCUUUCCUUGGUUACAAUGAUGAAAGACUAACGGAAGAUCAACAUUCCAGUAUCAUUAUAAAAAGACUACUUUAUGCUAUAUCAACAAUAUUAGGAAGUCAGUAUCCUCACCUUUCUGAAAUGCAGAUCACAGAAAAUGUCGAAAUAGCGGCUCAUUGGGACAAGUAUGGAAUCAAAAGAAUGAACCCACCCAAUAUUAUAAGGAAGCGUCACCCUAUUUAUAAUCGGUAUGAAAUGAAGACACUUCAUAGAAAGCGCACACCUUUUGAACUGCAGUUGAAUUCAAGAGUGUAUGCUAAUGGAAAAGUCAGCUUCAUGGUCAGGAGCGAAAACCCUCUCCCAGAGUUUAUGGACAUUCAAGAUGCCGUGUUUGAUGAAGAUCAUUUGAAGGAGGACAGGUUGAAGGUGUAUGCGGACAGGAAUGAGGAGAAGAAAAAGAGAGCACUAAAGAUGGGAACUGAAGUGAACCUACAGGAACCUACCAAGCACCUGUAUCCCAAGACAUAUGGGGGUUCAUUUGGGGAUGAUCUCAUCACUGUAAAUCCAGGGUAUAAUAUAGGAGAUCCUGCAGAGUUUGGCUACAUGUUUAUACAGAACACCAACAAGAACAAACUUCUGAAGAUGGAGCAGGAUUAUGGAGAAAAAUAUGCAGCAGAGGCCCGGGUGGGCUGGGGAAUGAGCACUGGGUUUGCUUGGAAUGUGGCCAUGGCACAUUAUCAGGGAUUUAACAGCUAUGUGGAUAUCACUUAUCCUUUCACCAAUUUUGGAAUUUUAACGGAUGGAAGGAAGUUUCAGUUUUUUGCCAACCAGCUGAACACGUUACAGCUAUGGAAGAACACGGAGGCCAGUCCCAUCCAUAAUCUCUGCUGGCACACCCCAGAAAUGGCGCUGUACGAAACGUUCACUGACAACACAAUUGUGGGAUUUGAUCCCAAGGUUUUAGAGAGCUUGAUCGAUUUUGUUUUGUGUCAGACGCGGGAGAGAGGAUACGACAUGAAGCCAAUGCUUCCUCAUGAUUCACGUGACAGAGUGAAAGUGGAGGAGUGGAUCGAACUGAAAGUUAAAACAAAGAAGGUGGAGGAGGACGUGGUGUAUGAUGAAUCACAGCUACUGAUUCACUGAAUAACUGAUUCAUUGAAUAACUGAUUCACUGAAUCAAGGAAUGGAUUCUUCUUAUCUUCAUUAGAUGUAAAGAGAUGUGAAACAGUAAAAAAAAAAAAUAAAGCAAACUUUGUUACACGCUUA